AUGCCUGUCGACUGGUUUGGAUUUAGCUAUGCAGCACUGGUAGCUUCUGGAGGAGUGAUUGGCUAUGUUAAAGCAGGUAUGAAAGAGUUUUAUCAUUUAUUUUUCUUGCAUCCACUCCCCACGUAUAUACAGGGUUAUUUUCCAAAUUGGGAAUUGAUGGGAUUGACUAAGGAGCUUCAUAUUUUAGACUAUAAUUGGAAACAUUCCCCAACUAGAGAUGUCGCGAACUGUCCGCCGAACUGUUGGCGAACAAUAGCGUGUUCGCGUUGGGCGAACAUAUCCGAUUUCUGGUCCGCCCCCUAUACGUCAUCAUUGAGUAAACUUUGACCCAGAACCUCACAGCCAGCAGACACAUUCCACCCAAUCAGCAGCAGACCCUCCCUCCCAGGAAGUGUCUGCUGACUGUGAGGUUCCGGGUCAAAGUUUACUCAAUGAUGACGUAUAGGGGGCGGACCGGAAAUCGGAUAUGUUCGCCCAACACGAACACGCUAUUGUUCGCCGGCGGACAGUUCGCGAACAGUUCGGUGGACAGUUCGCGACAUCUCUAUCCCCAACUUGGCUUGUUUUCCAGCCUUACUAUUUCAGUCUAAAUGUGGGCACUUUGUGCAGGAAAAUCCAUACUGCUUUAUGGGGCAUGUGGAGUGAUUGGCGUUCCGUUACUGGACUUUGGUGGACAGAAUGUUAACCAAAUGCAUAUUAUGCAACUUUAUUGAAUUAAAUUCCCAUUUAAAUAAUUAUGACCCGUGAUCAGGAAGUUAAUAAAUCCAAAAGAAAACUAGAUUAAAUAUUUUGACUGAGCAUUUUGUAUGACAGUAUCUGCAUCAUCUUAAAGAUCUGUAACCAAAUAUAUCUGUUGUACAGGACUGAGCUGUUUUGAGCAGUUUGACAUGUACAUCAGGAUGGAAUAGAAUCUGAAUUAUUAAGGUUAGAGAACACCAUGUUUAAGUGGUAGGGGGAUCCAUUAUUACAUGCUCUUUGUUGUUAUGGUUGAUAUUACACUGUUAGUCAAAUAUACCAGAGAUGUGGUGAAGGUUAUGGUGAAACACACAGUGGGUGGUGCCUGUAAUCACCGUGCAGAGUUAGUUAGUAAUCUUGUUAAAUUAUAAUCUUUUUUUAGUAAAUCACUAUGGCAUAUUUGUUUGACAGAGUUAAGUUUUGAGACGUCAGAAGAAAUGAAAACUGCCAUAGUGUUUAUUUAACAGAAUGUUAAGACAUCAUUACGUUCUAACUAUACCUAUAAGCGUUAACAAUAUUAGAUCAUAUUGACAUAUGCUAAUGUUUUGGUAUGACCAUGGUUAAAACUCUUCUCACAACAGGGAGAUUCAGAACACCAUGGCUGAGAGAUGGUCAAGCUCAGCCACUGUGAUUCUAAGGCUGCAGAAGGUAUUGGUUCCUCCUGCAUGUCCCCCAGUACAGCUGCCCAACACUGAUCACCGUGUAAUCUGACCGGGAAAGCAUGCGGAAAUGCUUCAAUCACUAUUAUAAGAAAAUAGACUUUGCAAGGCAUUAGGCAAAACUUGAAUAGCUCUGUGUGUAUUAUUUUGAUAUGCAUACAUAUAAAUACAUAACUUAUGGUGUUUUUAAGACCACUGUUUGUGCUGCCUAUUGAAAAACGAAGAACUCCAGAUACGAACAGUAACAUAGUUGCAGCUCUGAUUUGCAGUUGCAUUCAUAUCUCAUCUUUUACUUUUUCAUUUCAGGCAGUGUCCCGUCUCUUGCAGCCGGCCUUCUUUUUGGGAGCUUAGCUGGGCUAGGUGCCUAUCAAAUGUCCCAUGACUCCAAGAAUAUACUGCUAUCACUGAGUGAGUAAUUGGUUUGUGUUCAUUUUUAGCAUUGGAUUACCAUUAUUUACUUGCACUGGUAUAUGUUUUUACAAGAUUCACACAUGACUUAAAAAAGCUCGGAUGUCUGAUUACCAUGCUAUCUAGAAAUUGCCAUUGAUUACAUCAUGUGCAUAUAUUGCAUUUUCUGAGCAACCAUGAGCUGCUGUAAAUAAACCUGUAAUUAUUAUUAUUUAUAAAGCGCCAACAAAUUCUGUAGCGCUGUACAAUGGGUGGACUAACAAACAUGUCAUUGUAAGCAGACAAGAUGGAACAGAGGGAUUGAGGGCCCUGCUCAGUGAGCUUACAUGCUAGAGGGAGUGGGGUAAAGUGACACAAAAGGUAAGGGUAGGAGUAGAGAAGUAGAUUGAUAGAAUAGUAUUCACUGAAGACUUAGUGUGUGUUUUUGUAUUGUUUUACCUGACCGUUGCAGGAGAGGAAUCAAUUGAGAGCCAUUAACAGUUUAAUUGAUACGCUUUUGUGAAGAAGUAUGUUUGUAAUGAUUUUUUCAAGUGGAGACUUGGUAAGCGUCUAAUGGAGAAGGGAAGUGAGUUCCGCAGGAACAGUGCAGCCCUAGAAAAGUCUUGAAGGCGAGCAUCAGAGGUGGAAGUACGGACAGAAGAUAGACGUAAGUCUUCAGCAGAGCGUAAGGGCCUAGACGGGACAUACUUGUGUAUAAGGGAGGAUAGAUAGGUGGGAGCAGCAUUAUGUAGAGAUUUGAAAGCAAGAGCCAGAAUUUGACAUUGAGCCCUUACUGUAAUAAAUGUGAAUAGUAGCUAACACUGUAGGAAAAAUACAGCACGUUGGCUGCACAUCUCUGACAUGCCAACCAUCAAAGACAGUCUAUUUUCUCUGAUGACCUUCACCUCUUUCCUCAUGAGGCAGCUGCCACAGCCCUGAUUUGUACUUCACUGCCACUGGAUCAGAUUUGUUUUUUACGAAUGGAGCAAAACCAUUUACAACUUUUUCUUUAUUUUUAUUUUUUUGGGUAAAUGAGCAGUGGAGCAUUUAUGAAAUAACAAUUUCCUGGUUAUUAAUUAAAGUGAGAAUUCAAAGUGAAUUUCAAAUUUUAUUCUAAUAUAUCCAAAGUGGAAAUGUUUUUUGUGAGGUAUGUUUUCAGAUUUGCUACUUUGGCCUAAAAUUUCAAAUUCACUUAGAAUUCUCCCUUUAGUGAAUAACCUUGUUUCAUGUGUUCAUUAACAGUAUUCCAUUUACUUAUUUAUGUUAAUGUUAUACAGACUGUUGUUUCCAGUGUAGAUCACAUUUUGCUUACAUCUAAAAGGAAGGCCUCGGCCUAGCUGCUUUUAUGGGUAUCAUCAUUCUUCAAUAUAUUUUUAAGAAAAGGGAGUUUGAUGCAAUAGAUCUAUUUAUUGAAGAAGCUCUAUAGUCACCCAGACCACUUUAUCUCAAUGAAGUGGUCUUGGUGCAGUUGUUUGUUUUUUUUGUUUUUGUUUUUUUUUAUAGAAAUUGCAGUGUUUACAUUGUAGAGUUAAAAUCACCUCAGGAAGACACCCGUUAGAGACGUUUUCGCCUGCAGUCAGAUUAAAACUCAGACUGGGAACCAAAUGCUGGUGACCGCAGUAUUUGAUUGGAGUUGCGCCGUGUCUUGCCACGCAUGCGCUCUUCAAUCCAGUGCCUAUCUAUGAGAAGCAUUGGAUUAGAAGAGAUUGGGGGGAUGUUAGCAUUGGAGGUUGCAGUGGAGAAGUCCCAGCAUUGGAAAUCGACUGAAUAAUAUUUAUUUAAAAAAAUUUUUUAGGGCAAAGGUAGGAUGGACAGAAGGGAGCCUAUAGUCUUGAAAGAGCGAUAGUUCUUUUUGGAACCAUAGGUUCCCUUUUAAGGCAAAAACAGAGCAAAGUGCUAAAUAAGGAAUAACCACUAUGUGAACCAAUAGAAUGUAUUUCACCAUUUAGUGUUUUGCUUACAUAGCAGCACCAAUUUUGCCUUGGUAAAUCUCUCCAUAAAUAUCCUCUUCUUGGUUUAUAGUUGAUGAAAUAAAGCCUGUCAUUUUCUUGAUGAUUUAUAAAAGUGACGAUUUUCUAUAGAAAUUGGCACUUUUCUAAUUGUGGACAGAAAUACUUCACAGGGUGCCACAGAGCUAACAGAAGCGGCAAGCACGACCAUGGCUCUAUCACAGAGAAUUCUUAAUGAGAAGCCUCUGAUUGGUGUAUUUCCUGACACAGACUGAAAGUCAGUGCUGGGAAAAAGGGGGUGGGCUUGCAAAUGCUACAGUUAGCAGGUCUGCAGAUUUUGCAAGCGUUUUUUUCCAUACACGCCCCAAAAAAAUGUUUUCUUUGGGGGUAUAGCUCCUAAAUGAUUAAGAUUUAAAUGGAGUGUUCAUUUGUUGCUCAGUACUGUUUAUUUCCUCUUGGACUCAUACCUUGCUAAUGAACAGUUUAUAAGCCAGUACUAAUGUCUUUCUUUCAUUGCUGCACUUGGUGCACUUAGCAGCUUUUAACUCUUACCUAUUAGUCCCUCUCUUUCUUGUUACGCAUCAUCUAUUCUGUCUACUUCACUGAACCUCUACCGCUUCCCCCAGUGUGUGUUAGAUUUCCUCAGUAGGCAUUGUUACUGCUUCAUCUUUGGCCUCUAGGGCAAUGCCUCUCUCACUCCUUUUAAAGUCCAUUCCUAUUUGUCCACGAUUGACCGAAUGUUAUGUGCCUAUUUCUAAUGAUCAAUGUUAUUGUACCCAGAGUUAAUAUUUCACCAUGUGCUUGCUGUCUCAUUUGCCCUAUAUCCGAUUAGCUUAUCAUCAUGUAUUUUUGUAUUAUUGUUUUUUUGGGAACUUCAUUUUUUAAAAGGUGAUCUCCUUACUAAUCUUUCUUUUGUUAUUUUUUUCUUUUCCAUACUGUUCCACAUUUUAUUGAAAAUUUAAUAAAAACAUAUCUACAAAUAAAUCCAUAUUUACUGAUUCGCCAAAAAUGAACUACUGACUGAGUGACAUAACAGCUUUUGUUUUAGAUUUUUUGUUUUUUCCCCACUCCUGUCUCUCCCUGCCGACCUCCAUUGAACCGAAGGCCUUUUUGCAGCAUGACAAUAUAUAUAUAACCCAUACUUAUGGUCUCAUUGUGUUGUUUAAUUUAAAAGGCAUUCAUAUUCAAGCACCACUUACCUCUUAGCCCAGAUGAAAUGUUGUGACAUGACUUGAAGCAAGCAGUUCGUACAAGACUGCCUAGAACGAGCAUUAAAUUGAAGCGUUGCUAUAAAGAGGAAUGGUCACGAUACCUUCAAGCUGCUAUGCAGGAUAGAUCAAUAGGACAAGAAAGGAUACUUUUCGAACAUACAAUGCAUGGUGGAUCAGUACGUUCAGUUCAACAAGUCAUGAAAAUGUGGGUUUGUUUUAUUUGUAUUCUGCCUGCGCUGUUUGUUCAGCAAGAUUAUCUGUUAUUUCAAGAUAACACUGUUACAUUUCAAGGGUUGACAAACUCUCACCAUUGUUUCUUGGCGGCUUUAUAAAAAUCAAUGUACAAAAACGAUCUCCUGUCAACAAAUUGUAUAUUAUAUAAGAAGUGCCAUAUUGAUUUAAAGGAUUAAAAAGACUGACUAGACUAUUCCUCUUUUUUAAAUAAUUGUGGGUGAAUAUGAUCAAUUACUAUCCCACUGUAAAGCGCUACGGAAUUUGUUGGCGCUAUAUAAAUAAUAUCUUAAUGAAACAUACUUCCAAAUCUGUAAUUUAUUUUCAUUUAUUUUUUUAUUUGUUUUAGUUGCAUCUGGUACUUUGGCUGGAGUUAUGGGAUUUCGAUUUUACAACUCUGGAAAAUUCAUGCCUGCUGGAUUGAUUGCAGGUGCUAGGUAUGUUAAACUUUCACUGCAUUGCAUAAAUGUAUUUUAUAUUGCGACCAUAUAUAUGUGUCUAUUACAUGCUUACAUAUUGCAGUACUUUAAGCACAGCAGUUUUAUUUCUACCUCUGUACAGGUGUUAAGAACCAACAUUAUUUCUCCAGGUGAAGGUGAUAACCACUUAUGUUAGAGUGCAAAGAACUCCUUAUUGUCUAAUAUCAUCCUACACUUUAGUGUUGCAACUAGGUACCCAGUCCUGCACCUGAUAUCUUAGAAGAAAAAAAAGCAUAGAUUUCCCUCUGACUUGACAAGGUCUUGUACAGUCCUUGGUAACUUAUGGGCUCAUUCAUAGGUUUUUCAUGAAUUUUACAAGGCCAGAUGCUUGUGAGAACAUGACUUCCAUUCUAGGAAUUUUGAUAUAACCUCUAUAGUAGCUGUGUGACAGUACAUGCAGCAAGGUCUUUCAGUAGAAAUCUCGCAAAUGGGUUACCCCAGUGCACAGAACUCCCACUGGAAAUGAGUGAAGACCCAAAGCUGGUUGAUACUUUGUUGUCUCUGCAGACCCUAACGAUUUGAAGCAAUCAAUGGACAUUCAGAUAAUUUUUCCAUUAUUAUGCUUCUCAUAUAUUUGUUUUUGUGUAUUCUCUCCAUUUUUUGUUCUGUAAUAAUGAUCUUCAUAAUAUAGUUUAAAAAAAAGGGGUGAAUCACAAGUCAUCGAGCUACAUUGUGUAACUUUGGUAUAUUUUUACUAACACACAGUUUUUUUGUUUUGUUUUUUAACUGCAUUUAAAAAAAAAAAAAAAAAAACGUGGAUUAGAAGCACUUUACUUUACUGUAGUAAUGUUUAUAUGGUUUAGAAUUCUUUAAAAAUAGUGUACAUUACAUAGUCUACAUGUGUUUAAUAUUGUACUAAUGCUACUUCUUAAAAAGUUGUUCAAUAAAUGUCUUUUUUUUUUUUUUUUUCAUUUUAAUACAGUCUUCUAAUGGUUGGCAGACUUGGACUCAAGAUGUUGCAGAAACCUCAUGAUCCAUAA